AUGGCUAACUCCCAUAAAAGGUAUAAUCAUCUGAGGACGUUAGAGGUGGAUGGGGUGGUUUUUAAGGAGGAUUCUGAGGUUACUAAUCAAGUAGUACAAUUUUGUAAAAAUUUGUACAAGGAGACUGAAGGGUGGAGGCCUUUUGUGGAGGGUUUGGAAUUUGAUCGUAUUGGAAAUAUGGAAAGGGUUUGGCUUGAAAGGAAGUUUGAGAGAGCGGAGAUCCUUCAAGUUGUAAAUGACUUGGAAGGGGACAAAGCUCCAAGUCCGUAUGGGUUUACUAUGGCGUUCUAUCAUUGUUGUUGGAGGGUAGUGGAGAAAGACGUCUUAGCAAUCUUUGAAGAGUUUUUCCAUCAUUAUCAAUUGAUCUCUGAGAAUCAUAAUAGCUUUAUGGGUGGAAGACAAAUCCUUGACUCGGUUCUUAUUGCGAAUGAGUGUGUGGAUAGCCGAGAGAAAAGUAGGGUUCCUGGAGUCAUUUGUAAGCUUGAUAUGGAGAAAGCCUACGAUCAUGUGAAUUGGGAGGCAUUGCUGUAUUUGUUGAAUAGGAUGGGCUUUGGAGUGAAGUGGUGUAAGUGGAUCCAUACUUGCAUAUCCACUAUUCAGUUCUCUGUUUUGAUUAAUGGGUCUUCAGCUGAUUUCUUUGGUAGUUCAAGGGGUUUAUGA